GUGUGUGGCAAUGAAUAGAAAGAGAGUUGUGUAAGAUUGAAUGAAUUGAGGUCAUCCGAUUCUGGAGUAGGAGGAAUAGGAAGAAAAUGGCGGAAAGUGCAGAUUCAGCAGCUUCGUUCUUUAGGAGGCAUUGGGAGGGCUAUAAAGAGUUCUGGAAAGAGAGAUUUUCGAUCGUUGAUAACUACUCCAAGUUCGUCAAACGCGAUAAACCACUCCCUUCUUGGUCUGAUGCUGAUGUCGAGCAGUUCAUCGCCUCUGAUCCUGUUCAUGGCCCCACUCUGAAGACGGCUCGGGAAGCAGCUAAAUAUGCUGCUGUAGGAGGUGUUAUUGGAGCAGUUUCAACUGCAGGUGUUGCUUGGAAAUAUUCAAGGAGUCUGCAUGGUGCGGCGCUGUCCUUUGGAGCAGGUGCAGUGUUUGGUUUUACAUUUGGACAAGAAUUUGCAAGUCACUGGCUGCAACUUUACAGGUUGGACACGAUGAGCGCACAGGUUAAGUUCUUGGAGUGGUGGGAGAACAAAAACUGAGGACGGUCUUAUAGCAUGAGCUAGCUGUUGAAUGCCAAAUGAAACUGUCUUCUAUGCAAUAAGAACAAGUUGAGAAUGUAAUGUUUGAUGGCAAUUUUCUUUGCUUUUUAUGUCAUGAAUAUCCUAGUAUGGACUUGUGAGUUUCUUGUUUUCGUACUGUCAUGAUGGAAGGUGAUCUAUUGUAGUUGGUUUUUUAAUCAUUUUCUCUUUACAAAACAGUGACAUUAUAAAUUUAAUGAUUUGGAUCA